UAAUUAUACAUGCAUCCCAUACAAAUGAUCGGAUAUUGGUGAUCAAUAGCACGGGCAAGCCGAAGCACCAUGUAGGUUGCAGUGAUUGCUGUCAUUACGGUACAUGACCUUACUGUUAUGCCAGUUACUGUCGUUCUCAGAUAAGGGUAUAUAAGCUAGGCUGAAUGAAGAAUACACAGUGGGACUGCUGACGUUUGUGAAGGAACAGACAUGGGAAUGAACAAGGCAACAAUCAUCCUCAGCAUUGCUCUCUGCUGGAAUGUCAUUGUAUUCGGUGCCACAGUACCGCAUCUGCCGGGUACCAUGUUGGGAGCCACUGGACAGAGCGUCUUCGACUUUGACAAGAACGAAGACGGUGUUGUGGACGGCAUGGAGUUGUACAGCGUUUUGACCUACCUCGACGGCAGACUAGGCUACACGCCAAGAGAGGCCCGAGUCAUUCUCAGUAUUGCUGACAUCAAUGGCGAUAAUCAACUCGACAUUUCAGAACUUCUGCAGUUGACGCUGCUUGUUGAGACAGAAUCACUUCAGCACAAGUGACAUGCUAAUAACGUUAUUUGUUUGUAAUUAUCAU